CUGGCGGUGCUGGCCUGCCUGUUGGGGUGCGGGGUGUGGGCGCGCGGGGCUCGGGCUCGCCCUGUCCGUGCGCGGGGGCCCCACGCGCGCAGUCUGGCCGCUCGGUGCCCGCCGCCGUCCCCCGCACGCCCGGGGCGUCCCGGCGCCUCUGUGGACGAGCCGGGCUUGGGAGGACAUGCGGUCCGCAUCCAGCGCUUUCGGUUCUCGGGCCCCGGGGGCGAGGGGCCCGCGCUGGAGGUCCGCGUGCCGCAGGUUCUGCAUCUCCAGUAUGGAAUGUACGUUUGGCCCUGUGCCGUGGUCCUGGCCCAGUACCUGUGGUUCCACAGAGGAAGUCUGCCGAGCAAGGCUGUGCUAGAGAUCGGAGCUGGCGUGAGUCUUCCAGGAAUCGUGGCUGCGAAGUGUGGCGCUCAAGUCACACUGUCAGACAGCUCCGAGCUGCCGCACUGUCUAGCCAUCUGCCGGCAGAGCUGCCAGAUGAACAGCCUACCGGAGAUGCCAGUGCUGGGGCUAACAUGGGGCCACGUGUCUCCAAGUCUCCUCGCCCUACCUCCCCAAGAUAUCAUUCUUGCAUCGGACGUGUUCUUUGAGCCAGAAGACUUUGAGGACAUCCUAACUACAGUAUACUUCCUGAUGCAAAAGAACCCCAAAGUGCAGCUGUGGUCCACCUACCAGGUCAGGAGUGCCGACUGGUCGCUGGAAGCUUUGCUCUACAAGUGGGACAUGAAAUGUGUUCGCGUUCCCCUGGCGUCUUUCGAUGCCGACAGGGAGCACAUAGCGGCCUCGGCCCUCCCAGGAAGACACACAGUGGAGAUGCUAGUCAUCUCCCUCGCAGAGGCCAGUGGGAGCUAUACGCAGCUGUCGGGACAACACCAACCCCGGGACCAGCUUGGGACCCAAGCCGGCUUCAAGAUGGCAAAUUCUGUGUAAUUUAACACUUAUGAAUAACAAUGAACUUGAAAUAAUAAAACAGCCAAAAAAAAUGACUCAAUUGCUCUUGGUCAUAAAGGGCCAUAAAUGAGCUACUGACACAAUCAGGGUUCAGGUCUGCCCAUUUCACACUGCAGUUUGACACUGACGUAAUCGCAUAGUCUUUCAAGUGGACAUAGGAAAA